AUGGAAGGGAAAGGCAACACGAAUGCGUUGCUGCCCUUUCGACCGACCAUCGCGCCGUCGGUCGACUCGGAGUCCUGCUUGAACAACGACAUCCGGUUUACGUUCAUUGGACCAAUGAACGACACAACGAUGCCGAUGAGGUCAAGCGCGGUGUAUGUGCAUCCUGCGUGCGACGUCACACGACAGCCACGCCAACCCCGUGGCCAUUUCGUGUGGGAACCCACAGCCCUCACGUGCUGGCAGCUGCUGCACACACCUGAAGUUCAGCAGCGAUUGUGGCAGAAAGCCGUAAAUCGCAACAUCCGGCAGGCAGCUGAGUCACCGUCGAUGAAGCGAAAGCGCGUCUCGGCUUUGAAGAAGAAAGUCAAACUGCGAGCCACAAAGUACAAAGAAACCAAAAGUAAAUGA